GCAGAAAAGAAAAAAGCUGGAGAGAUUGGGAAUUAUAGGUGUGAAACAAACAAAAAAGGGCGGUAAUUGGGGAAAAAAGGAAACCAAAAAAAGCAAUGACUGAUGGUCUUUUAGUUACCAAUUUUCAAAAAAAAAAAGCUUACAUCAAAAUCCAUCAGCACCAAUAAUGGAGCUCAAAUUGAAGAUAAUACUACUACUGUUACUCUCUUUGACGCCCAUUUCGUUCAUCUGUGCAACAAUCCGAGCUGGAGAAGAAGUAGAAUAUCUCCGACCUCCGCCGCGUAAAGCCUUUCGUUUGCCAUGGGAUCCAAAAUCUUCCUCUCAACCUCAGCAGGUUCACAUCUCAUUAGCUGGAGACAAACACAUAAGGGUAUCAUGGGUCACAACUGAUAAAUCUUCUCCUUCAAUUGUUGAAUAUGGAACAUCCACUGGAAAAUAUAGUUACAAAGCUCAAGGAGAGAGUACCAAGUACAGUUACGUGUUAUAUCGUUCUGGAAUGAUACAUCAUACUGUGAUUGGACCAUUGCAAGACAACACAGUGUACUUCUACAGAUGUGGUGGAGAAGAUCCGGAGUUCCAGUUCAAAACUCCACCGUCUAAGUUUCCCGUUACUUUUGCUGUGGCAGGAGAUUUAGGCCAAACUGGAUGGACGAAGUCAACUUUAGACCAUAUAGACCAAUGUAAAUAUGAUGUUCAUUUGCUCCCCGGUGACCUUUCUUAUGCUGAUUAUAUUCAACACAGGUGGGACACAUUUGGUCAACUGGUUCAGCCGCUGGCUAGUGCAAGACCAUGGAUGGUGACUCAAGGGAAUCAUGAAAAAGAAUACAUACCAUUCGUUGUGGAUGAAUUUAUAUCUUACAACUCCAGGUGGAAGAUGCCAUUUGAGGAGAGUGGAUCUACUUCGAAUCUCUACUAUUCAUUUGACGUUGCUGGGGUUCAUACAAUCAUGCUUGGUUCUUAUACCGACUAUGAUGACUACUCUGAUCAAUAUCGAUGGCUGAAGGCUGAUCUUCGAAAGGUUGAUCGUAAAAAGACUCCUUGGUUGGUUGUGUUAUUCCAUGUGCCAUGGUAUAAUAGUAAUGAGGCUCAUCAAGGUGAAGCUGAUGACAUGAUGACAGCUAUGGAGCCUCUGUUGUAUGCAGCUGGUGCAGAUAUAGUGUUUGCUGGGCAUGUUCAUGCUUAUGAACGCACGAGACGAGUUUAUAAUGGUAAACCUGAUCCUUGUGGCGCUGUCCACAUAACAAUUGGUGAUGGGGGAAAUAAAGAAGGUUUAGCGCGCAAGUACAAACUACCCCAACCAGAAUGGUCUGUUUUCCGCGAAGCAAGCUUUGGCCAUGGUGAACUUGCGAUAAUUAAUUCAACUCAUGCCUCUUGGAGUUGGCAUAGAAAUGAUGAUGAUGAACCAGUGAGAUCUGAUCAGGUUUCGAUUACCUCGUUGAUUGAUUCAGGAUGCAGCAGCAUUAGAGUCAUGAACUAAGAGAAAUCCUUGAAGCUUUACUUGUAACAGAAACCAACUACUUGUUCUUAUUAUUAAGUAAUUUAGGAGAUAUAUUGAUUAAUGAACAGAAAGGAUCAUUAGCUCCUUAGUUUUAGCCUCUAAAUGAAAUGUACUUAGUUAUAGGAUUAUUACUUACUACUUACCUUCAAUUAUGCUUGUACUUGAGUACCAAUAUUAGUUAUCACUCGUGAAUUAACAGCCUUUA